CAGGCUGUGCUCUGAGCAUGCUCAAUGUCAGUCAUGGGAAUAGCCUGACGAAGAGCAGAGCGGUGUCGGGCGGCAGGAGAAGAUUGUGAUACGGGGUAGGAAAGGAGACCACGGCAUUGGGGCCCGGCAACUUUAUCAACUCCUGCAGGAGGCCUGAGGCUCUGCAUAAGAGCUCACAGGUCCCGUGUUUACCCUGCGGGCGGGUCACGUCCUGGGCAACGGACUCAUUGACGGCCAUCUUGUGAGUGGGAGUCAGGGCGGACCAGGGAGGCGGUGUUUCCUGCCUAGGGAUGACCAGGGUUCCCCAGGCAACCGGCUGUCCGCCAUCUACGGGAGGGGGAGAGGAAUGCGUGAACGCAGGGCAAAUAUAUGGCCAUGUUGGUGAGGUUACUGAGUGGGCAGGGUUUCAGUGUCUGUGAUUAGAAGAUCUGAUUAGAAGAUCUGAUUGUACGAACUGGAGAAACUAACAUGGAGGGGAAUAGAGUCAUCUGGAAGUAGAGUGAAGAGAUAAUGCAAUAGAUUUGGAUUUAAAGGUUUUGGAGAAAUACAAGAAAAAAGUGCUGCAUAGAACUUAGAAUUGACUGCUCUGAGCUUCUAUCUUGUAUAGACAGUAAAUUUUGUAAAUUCCCUCUGCAGGGUAUUAGAAGGGGAGAAUUUGCAGACAGGAAACAUCACUAGGAUCUGAACAUAGUCAUCCUUUGAUUAUGGAUACAGAAAUGUUUGUCUUUGGGAAAAAAUUUCAAAGAUCGUUCUGACUGGAAAAGUGCCAAUGCACAGGGUCGAGUGUGUUCCUGUGCCCCGACUGUGGCAAAUCUUCCACUUGCUAUAUAUUCUGAAAAUACAUUGCCCCAUUCAAAGUCAGAGAAGUUGUUAAUACGUUCUGCUCGUGAACAAGGCUUCGAUUAAUUGCUCAAACAGGAGAGACAGAAGAAUAGCAGAACCAUGGAGAAACCAUGGAAAUGUGGUGACUGCGGUAAAGUGUUCAAUUACCGAUCCCGUUUGGAAUAUCAUCAACGCAGUCAUAAUGUGGCUGACACUAAAAAUAAACCAUGGAAAUGUGAGGAUUGUGGUAAAGGAUUCAAUUAUCCAUCCCUGCUGGAAAUUCAUCGACGCACUCACACUGGGGAGAAGCCAUUCAUAUGCUCCAUAUGUGGGAGGGGAUUUUCUAAGUCAGCCAACCUCAUGUUACACCAGCGAGUUCACACUGAGGAGAGACCAUUCUCUUGCACUUAUUGUGGGAGAAGAUUCAGACAGUCAUCCACCCUCACUGCACACCAACGACUUCACACUGGGGAGAGACCGUUCACCUGCUCGGUGUGUGGGAAAGGAUUCACUCAGUCCUCUGUUCUGAUGAUACACCAACGCACUCACACAGGGGAGAAGCCAUUUACCUGCUCUGUUUGUGGGAAAGGGUUCACUCAGUCAGCUAACCUGGUAGUACACCAACGAAUUCACACUAAGGAGAAGCCUUUCAGUUGCACAUCCUGUAGAAAGAGAUUCAAAUCUUCAUCAGAACUCCUGUCGCACCAGCGAGUUCAUAUUGGUGAGAGACCAUUCACUUGCUCCUUGUGUGGGAAAGGAUUCACUCAGUCAUCUGCCCUGCUGACACACCAGCGAAAUCAUACUGGGGAGAAACCAUUCAGUUGUUCUGUGUGUGGGAAGGGAUUCACUCAGUCUGCAAACCUUGUGGUGCAUGAGCGAAUUCACACUGAGGAAAGGCCAUUUAGCUGCACUCAAUGCGGAAAAAGUUUCAGGCAGUUAUCCACCCUCACCGCACACCAGCGGGUUCACACGAGGGAGAGACCGUUCACUUGCUCUGUGUGUGGGAAGGGAUUUACUCAAUUAGCCAGCCUUACAUUGCACCAGCGAAUUCAUCGUGAGGAGAGGCCAUUCAGCUGCACUCAUUGUGGGAAGGGGUUCAGGCAGUCUUCUGACCUCACUGCACACCAGCGAAUCCACACUGGGGAGAAACCAUUUAUCUGCUCUGUGUGCGGGAAAGGAUUCACCCAUUCAUCUGGCCUUUGGUCACACCAACGAGUUCACACUGAGGAAAAGCCAUUCCGCUGCAGCGCUUGUGGAAAGGGAUUCAGGCAGUCAUCCUACCUCCGGUCACAUCAGCGGGUUCACACAGGAGAGAAGCCAUUCACCUGUUUUGUGUGCGGCAAGGCAUUUGCUCGGUCUUCAAACUGCCUGAUACAUCAGCGAAUUCACUCUGAGGAGAAUCCAUUCAGCUGCGUAUUCUGUGGAAAGAGUUUCAGACAGUCAUCUACCCUCAAUGCACACCAGCGAGUUCACACAGGGGAGAGACUAUUCACCUGUUCUACGUGUGGGAAGGGAUUCCCUUGGUCAUCCCAACUGUUGACACACCAGCGAGUUCACACUGGGGAAAAGCCGGAGAAGCUUUUAACUUGCUCUAUCUGUGGGAAAGGAUUCACUCAGUCAUCCAGCCUGCUGACACACCAGCGGGUUCACACUGGAGAAAGACCAUUUAAAUGCACAGACUGUGAAAAAUGUUACAAACGCUCUGGAGAUCUGAUGUUUCAUCAACGGGUUCACACCAAUGAGAGACCCUUCAGAUGCUCUCACUGUGGGACUGGGUUCAGGCAAUCAUCCCAACUCACAGUGCAUCAGCGAAUUCACACUGGGGAGAGGCCAUUCAUCUGCUCCAUGUGUGGGAAGGGGUUCACUCAGUUAUCCCAUGUGCUAAGACAUGAGAGAGUUCACACUGGAGAGAGACCUUAUAAAUGCUCAGACUGCGGGAAAUGCUAUAAAAGCUCUGGGGAGCUGAUGUCCCAUCAACGUGUUCAUACUGAUGAGAGACCCUUCAGGUGCUCUCAGUGUGGGACUGGAUUCUGGCUGUCAUUUGACCUGACUAAACACCAGCGAAUUCACACUGGAGAGAGACCGUUCGUCUGCUUUGAGUGCGGAAAGGGAUUCAGUCAGUCAUCUCAGCUCCUCACACACCAGCGAGUUCACACUAGGGAGAGACCAUUUACUUGCUCUGAGUGUGGGAAGGGAUUCACUCAAUCAUCUGACCUGCUGACUCACCAGCGAGUUCACACUGGAGAGAAACCGUUCAAUUGCUCUGAAUGUGGGAAGAGAUUUACUACAUCAUCGCAUCUGCUGAGCCACCAGCGAAUUCACCAGAAGCUACAGUGAUGGUCACUUCCUGGAAUGAGCGGUGUUUGUUUGGAUCUGUUUCUACUGAUGUUAAUCAACUCCAGUCCAGUUAUAGGUGUUAGAAUUCUGCC